UUGAACAUAAGAAAGUCACUUUAUCACAAAUGGACACACGUUUCAAAAUUUAAUCAAGUAAAAAGACUUUUCGUCAUCGUAACAUAAAAAAAUUGCCGGCCCCAUAAAAUCAACAUAAUAAGCUUUUUUUCAAAAUCACAUUCAAAAAGAGCGCAGCGGUACAGGCGACAGUUCGACAUAGUUUAAACAAUAAACAGAUGCUCAAUUUUAAUAAUGCUGCACACUGAAAUACAUCUGUUACAAACCAUUCCACUUUUGGCAAGGCAAUCACACGUUAGCACGCUUCAACACGACCGAAACGGGAUGGCAGAGAACGUAAGCAGAUUCGGCUUUACAGAAAUGAUGAACGUCCUCAGGGACGCGGUCCGUCAGACCCGAGAACCUUCCUCCUGCCUCAACGCCCACGAGGUCUCCAAGUACAUCCAGAGCCGGUACGGGUUCAACAAGAAUAGCACGACUGGUUUGAAAAUCCAGACGAUCUCACACAUCGACCAGCUAGACCACCAGAAAAAAUCUAUAAGGUCCAUGUCGACAAGCACUUGGAAGGAAACAAGCAAGGAGCACAUGAACAACCGGGCCAAGUCUCUGCCGAGGGGGCAUCUUUCAAAUACUCCGAAAAACGACGCAAGGAAAACGGUGAGUGGUACGCUCUUGCCUGAAUCGCCCUACGAUUACUACGUAGGCGAUGACAAUUCAACGGAUAACCUCACGACGACAAAUGUGACGUCGGAACAGGACACCAAAUGGACUUAUAAGAACGCUCUCAAAAUGAAAGAGCAUCAGAAAGAGGACGAAUUCAAGGAGCGCAACCUGAGGAAGCAGGCCAAGAGAUUAAUUGCUAACGUGAGCGGGUCGUUGAUUCCGGAGAAGUCUACCAAUGAUUUUUUCACCAAGGACGAGAAGGUGCAGAAACUCGCCUCCCUCGGGUUGAGCAGGUCGAUUGACUCUGAAAACUGGUAUCCGAACAGGGGCACUUUGACGGACCGUUUUUACCGCAGAGAGCAGGAAGUCAAAGAGUCCAAUCUGAGAAAAGAGACUAAAGCGCUCGAGGGGAAAAAAGCCUCAGGACUAUCGAGGAAGGGAUUCGUCUAUUCUAGGUUGUCGUCGAAACAACACGCCAUGAAACAAGUCGCCUCUGCCAAACCGAAAAAACAGGGCAAGCUGGCAACUCAGAUGGUAUCUCUAGGGCUGAAAGCGGAGCCGGAACCGAAGACUUGGUUGCAGAUCAAGGCCCUCCAGGAUAAGAAUAAAAACAAGAACAAACCGUUCAACGAACCAUUUCCUACCAAGUGCGAGACUAUGGUGCGUAGGACGAAGGAGGCGCGGGCGAGGCUCAUCGAAGACCUCAAACUCGCCGAACAGCGCAAGCAGAUUGAAGUGCUCAGGGUGAUGGCUAAAGAAACCCUCAAUAAACACUUGGAAAAACUCAAAGAGCAGAAAAGAGCAUCGUACUACGUCUGAAGUGUUGUCCGUCCAUGUCCGUAGUUUUUGGUCAGAGUCCCUGAAGAACUGGAUUUCACAGAACAGUAACAACAGAAACAACCGUUCACAAAUAUUGUGAGAAAAUAAAUAGAAGUUGAAAGUUA